AUGAAACUGCUCAUUCUUCUGGCACUAGUGGGAGCUGCUGUGGCAGUACCCCGAGGUGAUGGAAGGAUCAUUGGAGGCUAUGAGUGCAGCCCUCAUUCACAGCCUUGGAUGGUCUCUCUCAACUAUGGCUAUCAUUUCUGUGGAGGAGUGCUUAUCAACAAACAGUGGGUGCUCUCUGUCGCCCAGUGCUGGUACAGUCCCUACAGCAUGCAGCUUAUUCUGGGAGAUCAUGAUGUUCGUGUGUUUGAGGGAACUGAACAACUCAUGAAGACAAAUAACAUUAUCUGGCACCCCAACUACAACUACCAGACUCUGGACUAUGACAUUAUGCUGAUUAAGCUGUUCCACCCAGUGAAGGUGACCGAUGCAGUGAGACCUAUCUCUCUGCCCACUGGCUGUCCUUAUGGAGGAAUGCGCUGUACUGUCCCUGGAUGGGGAACUAUCAGCACUGAAACUUCAUUCCUGCCUUUCCGUCUGCAGUGUGUUGAUGUCCCGGUCGUGAGUGACCAAGAAUGUGAGAAAUCAUAUCCUGGGAUGCUGACUCGUAGGAUGGUGUGUGCUGGCUAUCCAGAGGGCGGCAAGGAUGCUUGUGGAGGUGAUUCAGGCAGUCCACUGGUGUGCUCUGGAGAGGUCCAGGGACUGGUGUCAUGGGGGCAGGGCUGCGGUCUUCCAGGCUACCCCGGUGUAUAUGUAAAGGUGUGCGAGUACCUGCACUGGAUCAGAGACGUCAUGGAGGCCAACCCUUAGAGUCAGGCAUUCUACAUGACUACUGGAGCCCUUUCCUUCUUUGUGCUCAGGGCUUUUUCCC